AUGACCAAGCUCGCAGCUCUCUACGCCUCCUGGGCCCUUGCGACCGUGGUUGUGGCACUUCCUAGUCUCGGACUACUCGAAGAACUGGCACCUCGACAGGCCGAGGUCUCCUGCGCUUCAACAUAUGCGUCCGGCAAGUAUCCGACAUGGCAGCAGCUCCCGCUGCAAACCACGAUGCCCGACCCAUUCCUCCCGCUAUCCAAGACGACGACGGACUCGGGCAACACGGCCGCCGACGUCAUGGCGGGCAAGGCGGCGGGGCGCAUCGCCUCGCGGGAGGAGUGGCUGCGGUGCCGCCAGCCCGAGCUGCUCAACAUGCUGCAAGAGUACCAGUACGGAUACUACCCGGACCACGCGCAGGAAACGGUGAAAGCCACGCGCAGUGGGCAGACGGUGAAUAUCGAGGUCACGGCGGCCGGCAAGACGGGCAAGUUCAAGGCGACGCUCGCGCUGCCCACGGGGGCCAGCGCCGCGGCAAAGGUGCCCGUGGUCAUUAACAUCGGCGGCAUGUCGAACCAGCCAUAUCUUUCCGCGGGCAUUGCCGUCGUUGGCUUUGAUUACACGUCCGUCGCGGCUGACAGCAAUUCCAAGACGGGCGCGUUUUGGGAUUUGUACAAGGGAAGAGACAUUGGCGUCCUGACAGCCUGGGCCUGGGGCUUCCACCGCACCCUCGACGCCCUCAACCAAACCGUGCCCGAGAUCGACGCCGCCCGGGCCGGCGUCACGGGGUGCUCGCGUCUGGGCAAGGGAGCCCUGGCCGCGGGCCUGCUCGACGCGCGCAUCGCCCUGACCAUGCCCAUGUCGUCCGGGGUGCAAGGGCUGGGACCGUACCGGUACCACGCCAUGUCGGGCCAGGACGAGACGCUGGAGAACUCCAAGGCCGGCGCCGGCUGGUGGAGCGACAACACCCUCGGCACCUUUGUCAAUCACGCCGAGAACCUGCCCUACGAUGCCCACACCGUGGCCGCGGCCAUUGCGCCCCGCGCCCUCGUUAUUGAUCAGGGCUCCGCUGAUCCGUAUACCAACUCAAAGGCUACUGCUGUUGUGGUGUACCCGGCCGCCAAGGCCGUGUACGACUGGCUCGGCGCUGGUGAUCAGAUUGCCAUGGCUGUUCGCAGUGGCGGACACUGUGAUAUGAGUGGCUAUACAAACGUCCUGCCAUUUGUCCAAAAGAUUCUUCAAGGCAAGAACACGACGCGCGAUUACAACGAUCUGAGCCCGUGGUCUGCCAUGCCAACUACGUAUCCAUGGGCUACGAACACUCCAAAGAUUUGA